UAACAAGUACAGAGAAUUCGGGUGCCAAAGCGAGGCUGACGGAAACUGCGCGGUGCUGCGACUCCGGCCACUGGGUGGCGCUGUGGGACGAGGGCGGCACGGAGGCUCCAGGCCACCGGGGGGCGCUGUGGGUCAGCGGGAUGGAAGGACGGCGGAGGCGGCACCGGAAGUGGCAACAGGCCUGCGCGCGGAUGGCGGCAGCGGCGGCGGCAGCAAUGGCGGCGGCGGGCGGCGGCGGAGCCGGGGCUGCCCGUUCCCUCUCGCGCUUCCGAGGCUGCCUGGCUGGCGCGUUGCUCGGGGACUGCGUGGGCGCCAUCUACGAGGCGCACGAUACAGUGAGCCUGACGUCAGUGCUGCGUCACGUGCAGAGCCUGGAGCCGGAGCCAGGCUCGCCCGGGAGCGCGCGGACAGGUGGGCGAGAAACCUUGUACUACACAGAUGACACAGCCAUGGCCAGGGCCCUCGUGCAGUCCCUGCUGGCCAAGAAGGCCUUUGAUGAGGUGGACAUGGCUCACAGGUUUGCCCAGGAGUAUAAGAAAGACCCUGACAGAGGUUAUGGGGCCGGAGUAAUCACUGUCUUCAAGAAGCUCCUGAGCCCCAAGUGCUGCGACGUCUAUGAGCCUGCCCGGGCCCAGUUCAAUGGGAAAGGCUCCUACGGCAAUGGAGGUGCCAUGCGGGUAGCAGGCAUCCCUCUGGCUUAUAGCAGUGUCCAGGAUGUGCAGAAGUUUGCCCGGCUCUCAGCCCAGCUGACCCACGCCUCCUCCCUGGGUUACAACGGCGCGGUCCUGCAGGCUCUGGCUGUGCACCUGGCUCUGCAGGGUGAGUCCUCCAGUGAGCACUUCCUCGAGCAGCUCCUGGGCCACAUGGAGGAGCUGGAAGGGGACACCCAGGCCGUCCUGGAUGCCAGGGAGUUGGGUAUGGAGGAGCAUCCAUACUCCAGCCGACUGAAGAAGGUUGGAGAACUUCUAGACCAGGAAUCUGUGACCCGAGAGGAAGUGGUGUCCGAGCUAGGCUCCGGUCCCAGGGUGAGUAGCAGAGGCCCAGUGAAGCCACGGACUGAAAGGCCUGCCCACUCCUCGGAUGAGUCUCUGCGGUCCGACGCGGAGGGGCCCAGGCUCCCUGUGGACAGCGCAGCGGGGGCUCGGCGACGUGGCCCAGCAGCGCAGGCGAGGCUAGGGGCCGCGCAGACCCCUGGAGCGGGCCCGCCCUCCGAGCCCCCCGCCCACCGCAGCCGGGUGGCUGCAGCGAGGGGCGGUGGGAGCGCCGGGGCGGCCCGGCGGCCAAACCACAGACUAGAGUGACCUGCCACCAAAGGAUAGUACCUUCUGCAACAAACACCAUUUUCUGGCCUUGCCAUUCCUGAGAUGAGCCCCAGAGUCUGCUUAGGACGAGGACUGCAUUGUGGAUCUUGGGACAGAGCAGACGGAGUGCCCUCCUCACCCACUAGGCCAGACAACCCACUUCAAGCCCCCGAGCUUCUCCAGGCUUCUGGAGCCCUGCCCCCCAUCCCCCUUUCCUGGGUCUCAGCAGAAGGGGGCCUGCUUCCCACACAAGGCCCAGGCCAGCACCUCUUCUCAGGGGCCUCCCCUGGUCUGUCAGUGGCUUCUCUGGCCCUGGGUUCCAGCCUGUCCAUCCACAUGUCCACACCAGCCUAACCCCCUCCCAGUCACCUGUGCCCUCAAGCCCUCCCCAGUGUAGCUCUGGAAGGAACGUCACGACUUCUUAGUCCACGUGCACCUCACCAGGGUGACCUUGCCCUGGACCCUGUCCCUCCUGCCUUCAGAGGCUUUUCCUCUCAUCUGCACCCUUCCUCUGCCUACCCUGCAGACCCAGGCCCGCCCCCAGGAGCUGGCCCAGGCCUGCUGUCCCUCUGGAUGUGUCUCCUGCAGCCUCCGCUCUGGCCAGUUCCCCAGCUCCCCUGGCUCCUGUCCCAUCACCAAGGACUCUCACUUGGUCUCCAGCUCCGACCUCCCCUGAGCCUUAGACUCGGGUGCUCAACUGUCGACCAGGCAGCCCCUCCGAUGCCUCCACCCACACUGCUGCCAUUUCCUUCUCACUCAUUACUUACUUCUCCACCCCCAGUGGCCAGGCCAAAAAUCUGAACAUUGCUUCUGACCCUUUUUUCAGUACAGGGAAGUGAAGAAUCUCUCAAUGCCUUUGUCCAAUUAGAAAAGGCCACCCAAUCUCCCAGUCAACUCAGCCCUUCCUUAUUGCCUUUCUUGAAUAUUCUCACUCAAUAACCAACCUACACAACUGUACAUGACAUCCCUAUUCCUUUCUCACUAAAAUAUCCAGUCUAAUCCUGUGGACUCUGUCUCCUCUUUUUUAUUUCUCUCACUUCUUUUUCUUCCCCAUACCCUCUGCCCUAAUACAGACCUUGUACUCCCCCCAGCACAUCCCAGCCAUUCAGUAGCUUGUUAAAUUACUAGUUGGGUGUUGGGGGUGCAUACCUGCAAUCCCAGUGACUCAGGAGGCUGAGGCAGGAGGAUUGCAAGCUGGAGGCCAGCC